AGUUGUAUCUUACACAGUAUUGGUGUUACCGAUUAUUGUUUAUGCGUUAAUUUUGAACUACAAUCAUGGCGGAAGGUGAAGCAGUGACAGCAGUGUUCGAAAUAGACAGUGAACAAUUAAUCCGUUUUAUCGAAGAGAGGCCUGUGCUCUGGGACAAAACAGUGGACGGUUUUAGGGACAGGAGCGCUACGCGGGAAGCUUGGCAAGAAGUGUGCAUUCAAUUGUGCAACGACUUUGAAGAGUUGGAAGAAAACGUGAGGGAUGAGUUUUGUAAAGAAAUAAUGAAAAGAUGGAAAAACCUUCGGGAUGCUUUUGCAAAAGAGGUGAAGGAUUCCAAAAAACCUGGACCUCUAGCCAAAAAGAAACGAAAGUACAUAUUUUAUGAACGACUAAAAUUCUUAUCGAAAAUUUACGAAGAUAAGGAAACUGACGAAAGCUGCAACAACGUUGUGGAAGGUGAACUUGAACUUGAGGGCUACCCACAUGCACUUCCAAAGACUAAAGGAAGCACGCCUCCUAAUACAAAACGUGUUAAGAGAAUACACUUCAAAAAGGGAGAAAUUGAUAACAGUAAAUGUAUACAAUCCACAAAAAAGGAAAACAGAAGAAUGUCUUUCUUCGAAAGUUUGCUGCCUCAUGUGGAAAAGUUCGAUGACGACCAGUGGCUUCAAUGUCAAAUGAAUAUUCUCCAAGUGAUUUGUGAAAUAAAAAACACAUUCCCUGUGCAGUCUACGUCAUGACGAUAAACCAAACCUAACUCAAAUCUGUGUUCAAGCAAUGCUGCCAACCCUCCAGCUAUAUGCUAUACUGGAGCCAACUGGAACCUGGAGAGAAUGUCCUGGUAAUUCGCAUUCCCCUUUUUACUCCGAUCUAACUUGUGCAAAAAACCCUCUUUGUGAAAAUAGCUGCAAAUUUUACAACCACUUUCAUCACAACAUAGAUCUUCUAAAUGUCUUAAAUGCUAGAAAAUUACGAAAAUAUCCUUCAAUACUCACCAAGAAACAUCUUAAAAAAAAAUAUAUAAAACUAAAAUUUACCUCGUGUUGGUGUAAAAUUAGAGAUUUUAAUGUUUUUACCUAAGUGUGCCAUGUUGCCGUUGUCUUAACAAAUGUUGAUUAAUUAUUACUGUAAGGCCUACUGUUUGGACACAUGACACAAAAAACCAUUUUAUCACUCUACAUUAUAAGAGGGUUUUUCUUUCAAUGUUUAUAAGACUGUUAACAAUAACCAUAUUUUACUAUGUUUCCUGUUGUUUUAACUAAA